AUGUUUUUCUCACAAUUGCCCACUCACCUCGCCAAGGCAGAGGAGCUUAAGCAAGCCCCGCCAAAAGGCACACCCUACUCUGUCGGCCUUCCUGGCACCGAGCAGGAAGGUCGCAGUCAGGUUUACCGGGCAUGGAACUAUCAGAAGGAACUCCUGAAGACUCUCGACCCUGAGGUCCUCACUGCCCAUGACAUGUUCGAGUCCACUGCCAACCGUCAACCUAAGAACCACUGCCUCGGCUGGCGCGCAUACAACCCGGCCACCAAGACCUACGAUCAAUAUCAAUGGAUUACAUACGAGCAGGUGCAGAAGCGCCGUGCUGACUUCGGCGCCGGUCUGGUUGAGCUCCACCAGAAGCACAACGUGCACCGUGACGGCCAGUACGGUAUUGGUCUCUGGUGUCAGAACCGCCCCGAGUGGCAGAUCACUGAUCUGGCCUGUAUGUCCCAGGGCCUCUACUCGGUCUCUAUCUACGACGUCCUAGCCCCAGAUGCUACUGAGUAUAUUAUUAACCACGCUGAGCUCAGCUGUGUCGUCACCUCUCUUCCUCACAUCCCAACUCUUCUUAAGUUGAAGUCAUCUAUGCCCGGUCUGAAGAUGAUUGUCUGUCUUGACCCGCUCGACGCCGGUGAGGAAAACGGUCACUCAAAGCGUGCUCUGCUCAACUCCGUCGCCGACGGACUGGAUGUUUCCAUCUAUACCAUCAGCGAGGUUGAGGCUCUUGGACAGGCUUCGAAGCGUGGCUACAAGCGUCCUUCCCCCUCGGACAUUGUCACUAUCAACUACACAUCCGGCACCACCGGCCCGCCCAAGGGCGUUGUUCUGACCCAUCAGAACGCCGUCGCCGCUACUUCCGCCGCUCACAUCUACGCCCGUCUGGCCGAGCACACAGCUUUCUGGGGCGGUGCUCGCAUUGGCUACUUCCACGGUAACAUCAUCGAGCUAGUCGAUGAUCUGAAGCUCCUCAAGCCAACCGGUUUCAUGUCCGUCCCCCGUCUGUACAGCCGCUUCGGCACCGCCGUCCGCGCCGCCACCGUCGAGCAACCCGGUUUCAAGGGUGCUCUAUCCCGCCACAUCGUCGCGGCCAAGACAGCCAACCUGAAGAACCCAGACCCCUCCAAGGCAACCAUCCACCACGCUCUAUACGACCGCAUCUGGGCCAAGAAGGUCGCCUCUGCGCUCGGCCUCGAGCGAGCCAGAUAUAUGGUCUCCGGCUCCGCCCCUCUAGACCCAAGCCUGCACAACUUCCUCCGCGUCUCAACAGGCACAGACGUCCUGCAAGGCUACGCCUGCCUCGUCUCCCUCCCUGACAUGGAAUACUCCGUCAACGAUAAGCCCUACCCCCGCGGCGAGCUCCUCAUGCGCGGCAACAACAUGUUCACCGAGUACUUCAAGAACCCGGAAGAAACCUCCAAAGCCAUGACAGAAGACGGCUGGUUCCGCACCGGCGACGUGUGCCAGAUCGACGAAAUGGGCCGCUUCAUCAUCAUCGACCGCCGCAAGAACGUCCUUAAGCUCGCGCAGGGCGAGUACAUCUCCCCCGAGCGCCUGGAGGGCGUCAUCCUCUCCGAACUAGGUUAUUUCGGCCAGGCAUACGUGCACGGCGACAGUGUGCAGACUUUCCUGGUUGGUAUCUUUGGCAUUUCGCCGGACAUGUACGCGCCCUUUGCGUCGAAGGUGCUCGGCAAGACGAUCGAUGCUACGGAUCUGGAGGCUGUCAAGGCAACACUGUCUGACGAGAAGAUUCGGCGCGCUGUGCUGCGCGACCUCGAGCGCGUGGCGAAGAAGCAUAAGCUUGCGGGCUAUGAGCGUGUUAAGAACGUCUCAUUGAAGUUGGACCCGUUUACCGUUGAGAACAACCUUCUCACUCCUACUCUCAAGCUCAAGCGUCCUCCUACCGUCAAGGCAUACCGCCAACUUCUGGAUCAGCUCUACGAGAAGGCCCUGGAGGAACAAUCUGCUCCUCGUGCGAAGCUGUAA